AUGGCUGAAAAUGUCCAGCAUCCGCCAACAACCCGCAAACUGCCUGCAUGUGACAUGUGCCAUGCCCGGAAGGUCAAAUGUGAUAGAAAACGGCAGUGUCUGAAUUGCUCUGAUGCGCUUAUCAACUGCAUUCGCUCUCGACAGAGACGUCCUCGUCGCCCUCGACUAUCACAUGCCAUCAAAUCACAGAACCCUAGCCCUGCUGAUAUCGAUGAUAGUUCUAGUUCAAUACCUUUGCAAAAUACUGGGGGGGCAGAUACGACUGCUAACACACAAGCAACUGACAAUGCUCAACGUUCAAAUGUACAGAGACGGGGGCCGGCAAGGUCAUACGCAAGGAAGAGAAAGUCUGUCCACUUGCCAGUCACCUCCCAGUUGGAGGAUCAAAUGACAUCAGGCGAUAACAUAGAAGGACACACUCAAAGUCCUGCGGAAAAUAUGCACCAAACCGAGGAGGCUCAAAAUUUGAUCAGAGGUGAACUAGAGUCCAAUACGCACUUAUCACUUAGCCGGCGUAGGGUUCUGGAAUCUGCAUUGUCUCUUGUCAAUAGGUUUGCCAAUACAUGCCAGCCUGUCGGCAAUCGAAGCUACGAAGAAAACCUGGACGAUGAAACCGUCUCACUACCUGACUGUCCACAUGCAGAAUUGCUUUACAUGAUGCUUGGUAGCUCUACUGAUGGUACCGAUCCAUUACAGCGGCUUUGGCCUGAUCAUAUUUCCAAUAAAACAAUGGAAAGGAUGUUCCUUGCGCUUAUGAACGGAACUGCUACUGGCCAGGUGGCCCAUCAAUACAAAGUCAAUGUCUAUGUGAGAGCAGUCAUGUAUUUCAGCAGGUGGCUGCGAGCUUUUCCAGAUGGAGAACUGUCUGAAUCUCUGGCGCAGUCAAAGAAAAAAUAUGUUACAGUUGCACUCGCUUCCUUGAGGAAGCUUGAUUUCCUAAGCGUGCCGAGUCUUUCGCUAUUGCAGUCACUACUGUCAGGGACAAUCCUGGUGCAAUUGCUCGGAGACGCAUCGCGAGCUUGGGUGCUAAACGCCUUCGCCUCCCAAGUCCUGGUUAGCCUAGGAUAUCAUAAUGCAACUACAGAGUCAUUAGAAGACAAUGACUCUAAAUACGAAAUUCAUGAUUGUAUUUUUUGGUGUUAUUAUUAUGACAAGACAUUGAGCAUGCUAUUGGUUCGACCCCCUUCUCUGCCGAAUAUUCGGCUUCAGCCUACCUCACUGGUUCGUGUGCAGCCAAAGGAUCCCUUAACCUGGAAAGUAAGAAUCUUGGUCAGACUUUCUCAAGUCCAGGAGACUGCUUUAUCUCUAGUCCUCCGAGACAAAGAGAUGCGGGUACCGAUCGUUGCGGAGUCCCUUCGCCGCGAACUGGAAAGUAUCCAGGCCGAGACUACUCAGGCACGGGAACAGUCAAAGGACUUUGCAGCUAUUGAAUGGGAUGCUGUCGAUUUCACAACUUAUGCCAUCUUCACGACUAUCCUUCGACUCAGCUCAACGUCUCUGCAUGACCAUGACAGUCGUGAGGAAUGUUUAUUCUAUGCUCGGAAAGCCCUUGCCUCCAUGAUAUCACUGCAAACUGAGAUGCUGAGCUCAAAUAAAUCCUACCUUCAUCCUCUUCCCUGGACGAUACUAUUAACACCACUCACGCCGUUCUAUGUUGUGUUCUGCAAUGUUGUUGCCACUUCAAAUGCCCGUGACCUUCGGCUGCUACAGGAAAUUACUACAGGACUGUCUCGAUUCAUAAGUUAUAGCCCACCCAUAUCCAAUGUACAUGGGCUCUUCUCUCAAUUUAUUGGCCUCUGUGGUCAAAUUAUCAGUGCCCAAGGGGAUGAAUCGUCGAAUCUUACAAGCGAGGCAAAUGCUAUACAGCCCGCCCCACAUUCAGAUCACUUUCCUAUCUCCCAACAGUUCCACGACCAUCAACCAAUGACAGCCACGGACUUCCACAGGCAAACCUCUGGGAUUAUUCCAGAUUGCAACGAGGGAUCACAGGUACAAAUACCCACAUUUGAGGCAGGAACAGCCCCAAAGGAAGGAUCACUGUGGGAUAACGGUCUCAUGUGGGAGCUAUUCAAUGCGCAGCCUUCUAUUGAAUGGUUUGAUCCCGGAUUUCGAGAUGCUAUUCCUGACUUUUAA